CAUCACAAGAACAUUUAAAUUGUGGUAGUAGUGGUGGUGGUGAUGGUAUUAAUGGUGGCGUUGACUAUGAUGAUGAUGAAUUCCUGGAAAUGGCUACCACCACUAUGGCCAUAACUACAAAUGAACACUGUCAUAAUAAUCAAAAAUCAUUGAAUAAAAAUCAUCAUAGAAAUGUAAAUAAUAACAAUGAAUCGACCAUAGUGAAACAAAAUGAUAUCAACAGUGGAUACAACAUGAUUAAAAAAUCUACAUUACCACGGUCAACAUUAAAAGUUGAUCAUCAUAGAAUAUCUGGCUAUAAAGAUAAGUUAUCAACAAUAUCAACGACAACAAGAACAACCACAAAAGAUGAAACACGAAACCAUCAACACCAUCUUCAUCAUCAUCAUCAUCAUGUACAUCAAAAUAAUUUCGAUGGCGAUAAUGAUGUAGAAUUGUUACAUUUAGCAGAGAAUUCAAAUGUUGUUGUUAGUAAAAGCGGUGAGCAGCAACAACCAUAUACAAAUCAUAAUUUGAAUAAGAUUAUUUCUGCUAAUGCAAAUAAGUUUCAAACAUUGCCUUCAAAAUAUGGUAAACAACAACAUGAAACAUCCAACGAAUUUUAUACCGAUUCUGAACCAAUGAUUACAACAGCGGCAACAAUUUCCGAACAAUCAACACCAUUGAAAUCAAUAUUAAAAAAUUCAUUGAAAAAUCAUCAUCACCAUCAUCAUACUCAACAACAUUUAGAACCGGAAACAACAACAACUUAUUUGGUGGCAACCGAUUCUUAUCAUGUAAUCGAUCCAAACGCUAGCAAUACAAAUUCAUUGAUAUUUUCAUCAUCAGAUUCACAAUUUACGAAUCAAUUACAAGAUGGACAUACAUAUUUGGAUGGAAAUGAUUUUGUUGGUUGUUUUCUGACAGCUUCAUCAACAACGAUUGCACCUAGUGGUUCUCAUACUAAUGAAUAUCAUCAUCAUCAUCAUCAUCAACAACAACAUCAUAAUGAUGCACAAACAUCAACAAAUACGAAUGAUACAACGAUCAAUGUACAUCAUCAAGAUUUAAGUCAACUACCAUAUAUUACAUUAACCGAAAUGUAUCAGCAACAACAUCAACAACAACAACAACAGCCAAACAAUAACCAAGAUACGGAUGGAUCAUAGAUAUACAACACACACACACACACACACACACGCAAACACAAACGGCCAUUCGAUUAAAAUUAAAUCUAGUUGGUAAACAUAGAAUGAAAGAAAAAAUAUAAACUAUGAACAGCAGGAUAUUUUUAUCCAAAACCUUUUGUGUGAUGAAAUAUUUCACAUGAAAAAAAGGAAAUCAGAAUCGAAAAAGAAAAAAAAUAGUUUUUGCUUCUUUCAAAAAAAAUGUAGGCGGUUACAUUAUCAAUGUUGUUGUUGUCAACAAUUAUUUAUUCCAGGAUGAUUCCAUAACUUGCACACACACACACACACACACACACAUCUGACCAAAAAAUUCAAUGACAAAGUUCCAGCAAACAGCAACUGGAAUUUUUUUUCAAAUUUUGUACAUCAUGCGAAUAUUUCGAAAUAGCCAUAAGCUAAAGAAAAUAAAAAUUCAUUCAUAGUAUCUAUGUUGUGUGUGUCUGUGUGUGUGUGUGAAUUAAUUCAAUAAAGCCCUAGAAUACAAUUGGAUGCGAAUGAAUGGAUUCGUUCGAGACAAAGACAUACACAAUGUGAAUGAAAAAUAACGAAAAAUCCUCUUAAAUAUUUAUACAUUAUUAUCAUUAUAAUAAU